UACAAAAAGUACAAACAACAAAUAUUAUCUCACUUUUCAUUCACUUCCACCCAAUUAGAUUGAUUAGAUUUUUAAUGUCCACCCUUACAAUAAUUUUUUUGCCUAUAAAAUGGUUCACUCAUUCAACCUAUUAAUAACACAUAUUGCUACAUUUAAUUUGUAAAAUAUAGUCAUGGCUUCCAACAACAAAUUCUCUGCCAUCAUUUUUUUGCUUUCUCUUCUUGCUUACUCAACAUUCACUCAUGCUAAUGUUCCAUGCCCACCAUCACCAAAACCAACACCUUCACCUAGUGCUUCUCCACCAUCCAAAGGUCAGUGCCCCAAGGAUACCUUAAAGCUAGGGGUUUGUGCCGAUCUUUUAGGGUUGGUUAAUGUUGUUAUUGGAAAUCCUCCUUCCGGUAGCAAUUGUUGUGCAUUGAUCAAGGGUCUGGCGGAUUUGGAGGCCGCGCUCUGUCUUUGCACCGCACUUAAGGCCAAUGUGCUUGGAAUUAACUUGAAUGUACCUAUCACGCUAAGUUUGAUCCUUAGUGCAUGUCAAAAAACCAUUCCUUCUGGUUUCCAAUGUCCCUAAGGAUUCAAAUUAGUUCGCGUAUAUGUCUCGUUGUUGAAUAAGUAUGUAUUUGCAUUAUAUAAUAAUUGUGGAUCAUUGUUAACAACACACUCUCUUAAUAACAUUUGCUCUAUUAUGGGUUGAAAUUCAAAGAUAUUUACAUUCACAUUGGAAAUGUGACAGACAUGAAUUACUAAAACUCAAGUGCAUUUCAACCAAUAUUAACAAGAGUUUGAAAGAGUGUGUUGAUAUCACUUUGUUUUUUUUAUUGUCAUUGUUUUAUGUAGUUGUUAAUGUGUGUACUAGUAGUUUGUUGAAACAUUUGUUUGUGUAGAUUUCUUAAGUGUGUUUCGUCAAACUAAUAAUUGGGUAAGCUUGUUUGCCUAAAUUAGUACGUCGUAUUAAUUUUUAGUAAUAUACUGUGAAAUUUUAUGUUUGUUUGCAAAGUCCAAAUGUCAUGUGCGUGUACAACCCUUCAUGUGUUAUGAAUGAAUUCAAUCUCAUCGUGUGAAA